AUGGCUUUGAUUGUUUUUCUCCAGUGUGUUAUGGAGCUGGCAGGUGAUAGGUAUGAAGUGUCAACUGGAAUUGGUUGUUGUGGUGACGAUUAAAUUGGUUUCCUGGGUUUGGAAGAAACGAAGAUGUACAGCGUGCUUGAGGUGGUCGAGUACAUAUUUAUGGGUAAAAAUAGGUUAUUUUGGGGGAAAUGGCAGAUGUUCAAGCGUUUUGGACUGCUGAAGCGAUUAAAGAGAAGUUUGACGUGA